CUCGGAUCGGAUCGUGUUGGUCAUGAUUGCUUCGAUGCAGCGAUAUUCGGACAAGGUGCUGAUGGGCCACAAGAAUCCGCCCGCCCUCCGUUCUGUUCAAUUCCCAUCUCCGCCACAGAAUUCUUCAAGGACUGCCCAUGGCUGCGCGUCCCUGAGCAUCGCAAGGCUGAGAUCCUCAUUGAGCCACUUUAUCCCCGUGGUGGGCUCCUAGGAGGUUCAUCAAAGCCCUCCAAAUUGGCUGCGUUGGCGGCCAAGCGCAGACAAAAGGAGAACGAGCGCUCCGAGUCCAGCACAACAACAACAGCAAGCUCACAGGAAGAUUACGCGGCGCGCCUCAGUAAGCUUCACAUCAGUCAUGGACCUAAACGAAAACUUGCCUUCAGUCGUCCUGCAGACUCUUCUGAUCAGAGUUCCAGAGAGGUUGAAACUGAUUCGCAGCCCGCCAACCCGCUUGAUGCUGCAACACAGCCACAAGAGAGUGGCUCUCUGGAAACGAAAACGGAGCCUGAUCCUUUUGCUGUGGUGGCAUCUAAUAUCCGUGGUCGUCCAUCAGCAUUUGCCAGCAUCAUGACCACCCACGAUCUUGACCAACAUCUACAAAUAUCGCCUGACAUUCUCCCUGUUGAUGUCUUUGCUAAAUCUUCCGCCUUUGCAGAACCCAGUCCAGACGACAUUGUGUCGAGGGCGCAGAAUGCAAAAGGUCGGAAUUGACGUUAGAACCCACUGGAAGAAGAGCUGACAUGGUCGCCUCAUUAGCGACACCCGCAGUCAAACCUAAAGCCAAGGAGACACCGAAACCCAAGACAACAUCUGUCGCCAGAGGUGUCCAAGCACUGUCCAUCCAGGACACUCCCAAAGUCAAGAGCAAGAACAUCGAUGUGGUCUCGGAGUAUAAGAAGAUCAAACGGAAAAAUGCCGCCAACUUUGUCGUUAUUGGUCAUGUUGAUGCCGGCAAAAGCACCCUCAUGGGCAGACUCCUUUUCGACUUGAAGGCUGUCGACCAAAGAACGAUGGACAAAUAUCGAAAAGAGGCCGAACGAAUCGGCAAGGGCUCCUUUGCUUUCGCCUGGGUUCUGGAUCAAGGCACCGAAGAACGUGCUCGUGGUGUCACCAUCGACAUCGCCAGUAACAAGUUCGAAACCGACAAGACCAGCUUUACCAUACUCGAUGCCCCAGGCCAUCGAGAUUUCGUACCUAACAUGAUUGCUGGUGCCAGUCAAGCAGACUUCGCUGUGCUUGUGAUUGAUGCAUCGACGGGCAAUUUCGAGUCCGGGCUGAAAGGUCAAACAAAAGAGCACGCCUUGCUUGUCAGAUCGAUUGGAGUUCAGCGCAUUAUCGUCGCAGUCAACAAGAUGGAUGUUGCCGACUGGUCCGAGGCGAGAUUUGAGGAGAUCCGUCAGCAGAUGUCGGGGUUUCUGACCAGCGCUGGAUUCCAACCGAAAAACAUCUCCUUCGUCCCAUGCUCGGGUCUCGAAGGCGGAAAUAUCCUUACAAGAGCUUCGGACGCGAGGUCGUCCUGGUAUGCCGGACCGACGUUGGUGGAAGAACUCGACAUGUCGGAACCAUCGACACAUGCUUUAGACAAGCCUCUGAGGAUGACGAUAAGCGACGUCUUCCGAGGAGGCGUGCAGAACCCGUUGUCAAUUUCAGGACGCUUGGAGGCAGGCAACAUCCAGGUUGGCGAGCAGGUGAUCAUCAUGCCCAGCGGCGAAAAGGCACAGAUCCGGAGCCUCGAGGUGGAUGAUGAACCACAGGACUGGGCCAUCGCAGGCCAGAACGUGGUUCUGAACCUGACGGAUGUCGAUCUCAUUCACUUGAAGACAGGAGACGUCCUCUGCAGUCCCCUAACGCCAAUCAAGAACCUCAACGAGUUCAAGGCCAAGAUGCUGGCCUUUGAUCAUCUAACGCCGAUGAACAUCGACGUCCACAAAGGCCGCCUACACGUGCCUGGUCGGAUAGCGCAACUUGUCGCUGUCCUGGAUAAGUCUUCAGGAGCAGUGCUGAAGAAGAAGCCGAAGAUCGUUCAACCUGGAACUGUUGUCCGCGUUGUGGUUCAGCUGGACCAAGCUGUGCCACUGGAGGCACCUGCCAGGGUUGUGUUGAGGGCCAAUGGAGAGACCGUCGCAGCUGGCUUGAUUGAAUAGAUGCUCCAAAAUGCCAGAUUCUCAACAGGGCAAUUGACUUACACUCGGACCGUACUUUGAGCGGAGCGAAUAUCACAAGAAGCGACGCCUAUCAUCGCCCUUCAUCAACAUGAACCUUCGUCAACCCUUUGGGGCGGAUAGUCAAAGGAAAGGCCCCAAGUAUUUCGAUUAGCGACGUGGAUUUACAAUCUUUUCAAGGCAUUGCUUUUACUAUUCGCUUCAUAACCUUCAUAACCCAACAACCCGUCCAUUGAAAAGACCCCUUGUCCCUCG